AUGCCCUGUUCAAAACCGGUGGUCGUUGAGCGCGCCGACCCCAUUGUCAACCCUGGGGCUCUUUCUGGGCACGUCCACACUAUCAUGGGCGGCAAUGGCUUCGAUUUCAGUAUGACCUAUGAGCAGGCUCGCGGUGCUACUUGCUCAACGUGCAAAGUGACUGCCGACCUGAGCAAUUACUGGACUCCAACCCUGUACUACCAAGGCCAGGACGGCAAAUUUACCAGUGUUGCCCAGUCAGGGGGAAUGCUUGCCUACUAUUUGUUCCGCCAGGACGCCAAGGACCCAGAAUACAGCAAAGGGCUCAUCGCGUACCCAAAGGGCUUCCGGAUGCUGGCGGGUGAUCCCAAGCUUCGAAGCUUCAACAAUACUCUCGAGCAGCGGGCCAUCUCAUAUGUGUGCUUGGGCAACAGUGGUCCUCAGACCAACGAGCUUCCCAAUCGCAAUUGCCCGAAUGGGCUCCGUCUUCAAAUAAUCUUUCCUGCCUGUUGGGACGGUGUUCAUCUCGAUUCUCCUGACCACAAAAGCCAUAUGGCGUACCCGGAUCGUCUUGACAAUGGGAAAUGUCCAACAACUCACCCCAAGAGAUUCGUUACUUUGUUCUACGAGGUGAUCUUCAGCGUCAAUGAUUUCAAGGACAAGUGGUAUGGAGAUAAGCAGCCGUUUGUGUUGUCCAACGGGGAUCCGACUGGAUAUGGGCUGCACGGCGAUUUCGUCAAUGGGUGGGACGUCAACGUACUGCAGGCCGCCAUCACACAAUGCACGGACAACGGUGGUAGCAUCGAGAAAUGUCCAGUUUUCCAGUUUUUUGACGACGAGACACGAAGGAAUUGCCAAGUCCCCGUCAAGGUUGACGAGCAAGUCCAGGGCGAGUUCGACAAGCUGCCUGGUUGCAACAGCGUCCAACGUGGCCCGGGCAACGCGGUGCCAGAAUCAGGCUGCGGUGCUACAACCCAGAUCUCGCAACCUCAAUGGGGUUAUAAGGACGUCACGAGCACUCUCAAGUAUAAGUACCUAGGUUGUGCCCGCGACCCGUCCGGACAGGGUAGGACUCUUCAGGGCGCCAAGACAUCUGGUGAUGGCAUGAUGGUUGAUACUUGCAUCAAGUACUGCGACGGAAAGGGCUUUCAGUAUGCCGGCCUGGAAUAUGCCAAAGAAUGCUGGUGCGCUAACUCGGUAGCAGAUGAUCGGAAACCCAAAAAGGGACUCUGGGGAGCUUGCGAUAUGCCUUGUGGGGGUAGCAAGACAGAGAUGUGUGGCGGUUGGGCUGCGAUGUCACUUUAUCAAAAGUGCAACGGGACUUGCACAAACGCGGAAUUGAUGUGA